AUGUUGUCGACGACGUUUUGCUAUAGUAGCUCGAAUCGCACGGAGACCACGUCGAACUUGACGUCGAGUGUUGGGCUCCGCUAUUCAAAUGCUUCAUCACUUCUUGCCGAUCUGCUCUCUGACUAUGAUAUUCGACUCAGACCAGGAUUUGGAGGCGAUGCACUUCUGCUCACCAUGGACAUCAUCAUCGCCUCGUUCGAUUCGAUAUCGGAAGUCGACAUGGAUUACACGCUGACAAUGUAUUUGCAUCAAUAUUGGACCGAUGAGCGUUUGAGUUGGACCGACGAGAUCGAAAUUGACGAGAUGACGUUGAAUGGCGAAUUUUCGCAACAUAUCUGGGUGCCUGACACGUUUCUCGCCAACGACAAGCACUCAUAUCUUCAUGAGGUCACCGAGCGCAACAAAAUGCUGCGAGUGAACUCGAUGGGAAAAGUCGCGUACGGAAUGCGGCUGACGUCGACGUUGAGUUGCUCGAUGAAUUUGCGCAAUUUUCCGCUCGACUCUCAAAAUUGCACUGUAGAAAUUGAGUCGUACGGCUACACGACAUCGGAAGUGCUUAUGAAGUGGAAUCAGCCGAACGCGGUGCACGGCGUCGAGCAGGCCGACGUGCCGCAAUUCACCAUCGUCGGAUGUCAGACGGAGGACAGCAUCGUCUCGACGGCGACCGGCUCCUAUCAGCGACUAUCGCUCGUGUUCCAAUUGCGUCGCUCCGUCGGCUAUUUCAUAUUUCAAACAUAUCUGCCAUGCGUUCUCAUCGUCAUGCUCUCAUGGGUCUCGUUUUGGAUAAAUCAUGAAGCGACUAGCGCCCGAGUUGCACUAGGCAUCACCACGGUGCUCACAAUGACGACAAUUUCGACGGGCGUUCGACAAUCGCUACCGCGAAUCAGCUACGUGAAGAGUAUUGAUAUCUAUCUCGUCAUGUGCUUCGUGUUCGUGUUCGCCGCCCUCCUUGAAUACGCCGCCGUCAAUUAUUCCUAUUGGGGACGAGAGCGAGGCGGCGGCGGCGGCGGUGGCGGCGCCGACGGAAAAGAUCCGACCAAUGAAUGGCCUGUGAAUGGCGCGAAUAAAGAGGAUCGCGAGAGUGCGGUGAACGUUGAGAAAUGGAUGCCUUCCGGUUUGAUUGAUGUUGACAUUUGCAAUUUUUGUCCAUCUCGCUAUGCGUAUUUUGUGUUCCAGACAAACGUCCGCAGCACGAAAAUUUGCCAACCGAAGGUUGACGAGGUUGAAAUCGAGGCCGACGAGGUGCGCAAUCGCAAGCGUGCCUCGAGCCCAAUCGCGCCGCUGUGCACGUCGAUCAACGAGGAUAUCGAUUGUCCCGACUAUCCGAGGUACUCAUCGACGUCGCUUCGAGGUGGACGACCGUCGGCAUCGAUGCACGCCAAUAACAAUAUUGUUAGAAAGCGGAAAAGUUUUAUGGCUUCGAGAGCAAAACGGCGAAUGACAUUGGCGAAAAUGAAUGUCUCGAUGAAACAAUCCAUAUCAGGAAUCGGGCGAAAAGCGAGAAAAGUGAUACCAUCGAUACGCGUGAGAGAUGUCAAUCUAAUCGACAAAUAUUCGCGGAUUGUGUUCCCCGUGUGUUUUGUGGUUUUUAACAUAUUCUACUGGGCUUAUUACAGCAUGCUCUCGGAAUACGUCUAA